AUUUACGGGAGCCGUUAGAUUGGGAACAAGCACGCGGGAGGGAUUCCGCGGUAGACGUGGAUGCACUUUAGCCGGAGCGGAAUCUAUGAGGUCUUCGGCGGGGUUUUUGGUGGCAAAGGCGGUGCAGUGGCGACGGACGGAGAAUAGAUGUCCUACUGGUGGGAUCGUGGUUUGGGUGGUGCGGUGCUCUUGUUGUGCUUCGUCUUGUUUCCGGCAAUCGCGCUGGUGGUUCGUUGGAAAUUGAGGCUCGCGGAUGCAAAGCUGACGGAGAUCAUACGCCUUGUGAGGUUCGCAGCGGCCGAGGCGGAGAGGGCCGAGAUGGAGGCAGCUGUAUUCGCCUCAGCGUCGAACCCGCCAGCCUCGGUUGUUAUCGUAGGCGGAGCUGUGAUGUCGAAUUGUGCCGUUUGUCAUAACCCCACCACCAGCCGUUGCGCACGAUGCAAGGUCGUCAAGUACUGGUUCUGGGAAAGGGAAUGAAGUCUUGGAUUAGCAAUCCUGUGUCUGAUCUGAGAUUAG